AUGACAAUCGCAUCGAGUUUUCCACCAACAGUAUCCUGGGUGUUGCUUGAUCGUCGCGAUCCUCGAAAUGUCCUCCUGCUGCUGGGCCAUCCUGCCGACAAAGAAGCAGAGCCUCUGCCGCAGGACCUGCCUUGUCCUGAUGAUCAGGCCCGAAUUGGCUGCUGGGCUGUCGAGAAGAAGGAGCGCCAAUCCAACGCUCGCGAUGUGUAA